CUACCUAUUCAUUGGACAGUUUAUCAAGGUAUCUCUAGGUUACACACAUCUCAAAAGCCUCUGAACAAGCUGGCUCAGUCUCGGUAUUUUGUGUUGCAAGAUGUGAUGCAGUUAUCAGAGUGUGAAGGAAAUAUUAACAUCAAGGACAAUGCACAACCAUUUUAGGAAGAAACUGAGGAAACUGAAAUCAGGCCAAUGUCUAUCUUGUGGGUGCAUUUUAUUCGUCUUCACUCUGGUCCUAAAAUAUUCCUCCUUGGACUGUGACCUGGAUAAUGCCACCCAAACUGGAGAUCUGAAUAUCGCUCACUGUGGGGGACAAUACUACACGACCUUGAACCUGUCGGCCAACGGUAGAAAGAACUGUUCUAAAAUUAUUGAAGGUGACUGGGAUGAGGUAAGAAAGACUUUAAUCGACAAUUUGGAUAUUAAAAAAAGAAAAGUUCUCAGCAAUGAUACAGACUACAUAAAACUAGCCAAAGACUGCACAACAUUGAAAAAAUUGAAGAAGUAUGUUCUGUUUAGUCUGAGCAACGAAGAAAGACAUUACCCCAUUGCCUACUCCAUGGUGAUCCAUGGGGACAUUGAAAUGUUUGAGAGACUAUUAAGGUCAAUUUAUACUCCCCAGAAUAUUUACUGUGUGCAUGUAGAUGGGAAAUCUCCGGACACUUUUCAUCAGGCUGUACAAGCCAUAGCUUCCUGCUUUGACAAUGUGUUUGUUGCCUCUAAGUUGGAAAGGGUAGUAUAUGCUUCAUGGUCACGUGUCCAGGCUGAUCUGAACUGCAUGGAAGACUUACUGAAUAGUACAGUAGAAUGGAAAUACCUUAUCAAUACCUGUGGAGCAGAUUUCCCAUUGAAGACAAAUGCUGAAAUAGUCACAGCCUUAAAAUCAUUGAAUGGGAAAAACAGCAUGGAGUCUGAACCACCACCUGGAUAUAAAAAAGUGAGAUGGGAAUACCAUUUUGAUGUUAAAGAUCGCAUUGUGAGGACGGAUGUUAGGAAAAAUCCACCACCCUUAAAUGUGCCUAUAUUCAGUGGCAGUGCAUAUAUAGUGGUCACCAGAGAAUUUGUGAAAUCUUUGUUUAAAACAGACUUUGCAAGAGAAUUUGUAGACUGAGCAAAGGACACUUACAGUCCUGAUGAGUUCCUCUGGGCUACACUUCACAGGGUUCCCUGGAUGCCUGGAUCUGUCCCCCAGCACAGAAAAUAUGACACAUCCGACUUGAAUGCACUAGCAAGGUUGGUGAAAUGGGGAAGCCUGGAAGGGGACAUUAAGCAAGGAGCCCCUUAUUCGGCAUGCACUGGGAAGCACAAAAGAGAUGUGUGUGUGUAUGGGACUGGGGAUCUGCACUGGAUGCUCCAGCAGCAUCAUUUCUUUGGCAACAAAUUUGACCCAAGGGUAGACGAUCAUGCCAUUCAGUGUUUGGAGGAGCAUUUAAGAUUUAAGUCCUUCUACAAUAAGAUCAUGUAACAGAUGCUGCUAUUUUGUAAAAGUAAUUUAUUAUGUACACUAUGUAUUGGGCUGAGUCCAUUGAUGUGGGAACUUCUCAACCGAUCUAUGUUGGAUCUUCAAUUGGAUACAUCACGGAUUGCCUAGUUUGAUCCAUAAUGAUCUAUUCUUCUGGUAAGGGUCAGCUUGAACGUGUUUACCCUGAUAUUGAUCCAGCAUUAGCCACGGAAUUGGAUUCGUUUCAUACUGAUUGGACAAUUUAUAUAUUUACACUAUUUUUGUGUGUUUAUAUUUUGGGACUAUUUACACUUUUGACCUUUGGUCAUCGUUACGAGGUGUUUCUAGCACAAUCCCUUUUUAUUCUAUAUGGUCAAUUAUAUAUAAGGGUUUUUUUUAGCGCAACUCCUAUUUUUCACUAUUUGUUUUUAUGUUGUAUAACAUUUUGAGUUUGCUGCUUCUUUAGUUGAGUACACUAUGUAUUGCACUGUGUGAAGUUAAUUUGUAAUAUUGACUUCUAAUCUCACAUCUUUGCAUUUUUGUGUUUAAUGUGUUUUCUAUUUAAAUUAAUGAAGGAUUGUAGGAAUCUGGAGUCAGACACACAAUGAUACUGGAAUAAAGCAAGUAUCAUUAUGUGCUAAUCUAUUCCCAAGAGAGAGCAACAGAUAGUUAUUUUUAAUGUGCCGAAAGUUAGGCCGGCCAUAGAUGGAUCGAAUCUCGGACGAUUUAGCAGGGACCAGUCCAUCUAUGGGCAGCCGGGUCCAACGAUCUACUUGAGUAUAACCAGUCUAUCGGAUUUACUGCCGCUAGCAGUAAGCAUUGUGUUCUGCCAGCCACUAGCAGUAAGCAUUGUGUUCUGCCAGCCACUAGCAGUAAGCAUUGUGU